UGUGGAAACCCGCGAGAGAGCGCGGAGUGAGUGGAGAUCUGUCCUGCGGCACUGCAGUCACUCUCACUGACGGAAUAUUCUUCAUUAGACGCUCAAUGAUGGAGGUUCCACGCGUGGGACACAGUGUCAGCAGCCCCACGAGCCCGUGUGAGGACAUGAUAAAGAAUCUCAGUCUGGACGCCAUCCAGCUUUGUGGGAGAGAAGGAAAUAAGUCCCUGGACAGUGGCAUCGCCGAGAUGGAGGAACUUCCAGUUCCCCAGAACAUCAAAAUCAGCAACAUCACAUGCGACUCCUUUAAGAUCUGCUGGGAUAUGGACUCCAGGUCCAAGGAACGCAUCACACACUACUUCAUCGACCUCAACAAGAAAGAAAACAAGAAUGCUAACAAGUUCAAACACAAGGACGUCCCAACUAAACUGGUAGCGAAAGCAGUUCCUCUGCCCAUGACAGUGCGAGGACACUGGUUUCUGAGUCCACGCACCGAGUAUACUGUGGCCGUUCAGACCGCGUCCAAACAGGGCGAUGGAGACUACGCCGUGUCGGAGUGGAGCGAGAUCAUUGAAUUCUGUACAGCCGAUUAUUCCACUGUUCAUCUCACACAGUUGAUGGAGAAAGCUGAGGUCAUCGCCGGCAGAAUGCUGCGGUUCUCAGUCUUUUAUCGAAACCAGAACAAGGAGUACUUUGAUCAUGCAAGGGAGGACCAAAACAACAAGAUGUUGCCGUCAGUGAAGGACAACAGUGGCAGCCAUGGUUCGCCCAUCAGCGGGAAGCUAGAGGGCGUCUUCUUCAGCUGUAAUACCGAGUUCAACACGGGCAAACCCCCUCAGGACUCACCAUACGGCCGUUACCGUUUCCAGCUGCCAGCCGAGACGCUCUUCAGUCCCAAGACAAACCUGUAUUUCGCCGACUUCUACUGCAUGUACACGGCAUAUCACUACGUCAUUUUAGUGGUCGCGCCGAAAGGCUCACCGGGAGACGAGUUCUGCAAGCAGCGCCUUCCAGCGCUGGAUAUCGGUGACAACCGUUUUAUGACGUGCUCGGAGGAGGAAGAUGGCCAACUGGUGUUCCACCACGCGCAGGACCUUAUCCUGGAGGUCAUCUACACCGAUCCUGUGGACCUGAGCCUGGGCACGGUAGCUGAGAUCAGCGGCCAUCAGCUCAUGAGUAUGUCCACAGUCAACGCCAAGAAGGAUCCCAGCUGCAAGACCUGCAACAUCAGCGUGGGACGCUAACCUAUGAAACUGAACCCUUCUGCUGCCUUGAACGGCACAGAAAAAUCGCCUUCUCCUUUAGCCGUCCUCCUUACCCAUUGUCCUACCAUCAAACUUAUCCAUAAUCCAUUCCCAGACAGCAACAUAGUGUCUACCCAGAUCCGGGCCACAUC